AUGCUCAUCCAUAUUACACCAAAGCUACAUGGCGUAGUACGGUCGCUAAGCACGCCGUCACGAUAUUUCGCCAGCAGUAGCAGUAACCACUAUGACGUUCUUGGAAUUACUCCUAAUGCGACACAGAAUGACAUCAAAUCCGCUUACUACAAACUAUCGAAAGUAUACCAUCCAGACAAGUCUAGCGAUGAAACAUCAGCCAAAAAGUUUAGAGCCAUUACUGAAGCCUAUGAGGUAUUAGGAAAUGUUAAAUUAAAAAAGAUGUAUGAUAAAGGGUUGCUAGGUGCGAGAGGGAGAUCCAGAGUGACUAAUUAUGAGCCAGACCCUGAGCCGACAGAUCCUACGCUCAAGUUCUAUAAAUCUCGUACAUACCGUAAGGUGGUGCCCACAAUGGAUGGUAGACGACCUAUUUAUGACUUUGAUGCUUGGUCUAAAAACCAUUAUGGAGAUUUAUUUGAAAAAUCAAAAUAUGAUAAAGAGUUUAUAAAAAAGAAGCAAGAAAAACAAUUAGAUUCUGAACUAUCAAAUAAACAAGAAAUGUUUAUGUUUGUAAUGGUCGGUCUAGGAGGCCUGUUUCUAUUUUUGGUAGGUCAAGGCCAGCCAGAUUAUGAUAAGGAUAGAAUUUCACAUGAUAAAAAUGAUACACAGACAAAUAAUUAA